UUUUAUAAUGGAUUUGUUGUUCCUCAGCCGGCGCAUAUUUCUGGGCGACGGCAGUCACGAGGCGCCCCUCCAUGGCGGCAUCGUCGUCGACACUCAGGGCAUCAUCCGACGGGUGCUAAGAUCUGCCCAAGAGGUCAACACCUACCUGUACAACAUCGAGUCCGAGGCUGUCUAUGACUUUGGCGAUCUGGUCCUCAUGCCCGGCUUCAUUGACGCCAAUGUUCACAUCAGCGAGCCGGGACGGAAGGACUGGGAGGGCUUUGUGACGGCCACUAAAGCCGCUGCCGCUGGCGGCUUCACCACCAUCGUCGAUCGGCCAGCCAACGCCACUCCCCCCACCAUCAGUGUGGCGAGCCUCAAGUCCAAGACGAAUACGGCCCGUGGGAAGAUCUAUGUGGAUGUGGGCUUCUGGGGCGGCAUCGUACCAGGCAACAGGGACCAACUGGCACCGCUGCUCGCCGCCGGCGUCUUGGGGCUGCAGUGCACGCUCUUCGGCUCGGCGCCACCUGUCGGCGAGGAGUUCGCUGCCGUCGACGAGGCCCAGCUGGAGGAGGCGCUGCAGCGGCUCGAAAUGGAGAACGAGGACGAGGGAGUUAUUGCAGUCCACGCCGAGCUGCCGCUACCCGUUGACAUUCCAGCCGACGAGGAGGCAUCCAGAGAGUACGCCAGUUUCCUAGUCACCCGUCCGCCCUCCAUGGAAGUAUCGGCAAUGCAGUUGCUCAGCCGCCUAGCUCAGCGCUAUCCCCGCCGUCGCCUGCACGCUCUAAACGUGAGCAGCGCCGAAGCCCUGGCCCCGGCAGAGGCCUGCCAGCGAGCGGGUGGCCAGCUGACGGUGGGAACCUGCCCCCACUACCUCGCCCUCUGCGCGGAAGAGGUGCCCAAGUGCGGAACGGAGUUCAAGACAUGGCCGCCCAUUCGGGAGCGCUCAAACCAGGAGCGGCUGUGGCGGGCGCUGCGGCCGGGCGGGGCCAUCCAGAUGAUCGCCAGCGACCAUUCUCCAGCCACGCCCGGCCUCCGCUGCCUGACGGGCGGGCGGGGUCGCGGGAACUUUCUCAAGGCCUGGCCAGGCAUCAACUCCCUGCAGCUGUCCCUGCCUGCAGUGUGGACAGCACUGGGCGGAGGAGGAGGAGGAGGAGGAGGAGGAACCAGUCAGGACCUGAGCCUGUCCCUUGCAGAUCUCCACCGCCUGAUGUGCUGGCAGCCGGCGCAGCUAUGCGGCUUGGGCAGGUUCAAGGGUCGCAUUGCCGAGGGCUACGACGGCGACUUUUGUAUCUGGAGUCCCGAGGAGGAGUUCACUGCCGUACCGGAGGAGCUCUACACCGCCACCAAGGCCACGCCCUAUGCGGGCCGCCGUCUGCGAGGCGUGGUGCAUGCCACGGUGGUGCGUGGCCUGCAUGUCUAUCAGAUGUUCGAGGGCUUCGGGCAGCCCCUGGGGAAGGUCCUGUUGCGGAAGAGCAGCCGGAAGGUGGUCAAGUUCGUUCGAAUGUGAUGUGAUGGACAUGAGAGGAGGAGGCAUAGAUGCCUUCUGGGAUUCUGCAGGGUAAACUUUGUUAAUUAAAAUCAUUAAGAGAUUGGGAUAAAAUCCUCCACGCUCUACGCUCCACGCCUGACUUACUCGCGUGUCUUAGCUGGAAAUGAAGAUGAUGACGAAGAUUGAGGCGUAGGCGGAGACGGAGACGGAGACGGAAAGACGUGCAACAAGUUGUCGCGUGGCAACGCUGAGUAAACAUGACACCAAGCACUUGCCCCACAGCCCCCACCCACAACAACCAUGUGUGUGUACACACCGUACCCCUCCCCCUCCCCCUACCAGGCAUGUGGAUGACAGCUUAAGUUUGCUUGCCAGGCGUCAACUUAAUUUUUGAUACUCUUCCCUCGAAGCUUUCCACCAACG